AUGUUAAGACCGGAUCUAAGGAACCAGAAUAGUCAAGAAAGUUCUUCGUCGAGCGACAACGACUCCGAGAUGGACUAUCGCUGCGGCAUGAUGUCGUACAGGCCUGACUGGCUUCAGAGAUUCGCCACGUCCAGGUACUACGGGCUCGUCUUCGGACUCUUGGGAAUCUGCCAGGGCACGUACAGGGCGUACAUGGUGGGCACUAUGUCGACCGUCGAGAAGCGGUUCUCCAUCUCCAACCGCACGUCCAGCGUCAUCCUCAUUGCGGAUGACAUCAGUCCGCUCCUGGCCACGCUGGUCUUCAUGCUGUUCCUGCGCCGUACCAGCAAGCCCAACUGGAUCGCGGGCGGCAUGUUCCUGUCCCUGAUCGGGGCGCUGUCGACGUUCAUGCCGUACAGCGUGUUCGGGGCCGGAACGCAUCUUCUGGGGACGGCGGUCUCCAAGAGUGCCGUGGAGGAGAAGAAGGCGGUGCAGUUCUGCUUCGAUGCCGCAGGCGGACUGGAGAGCUGCGAGGCACGUCGGCAGUCGGACUGGUCGACCGCGGGCGCCGUUACCUUCAUGUUCGUUGGAAACUUCCUCAACGGCUUGGGCGGCGUCGCUUGCUACGUGAUCGGCACGACGUACAUGGACGACAACGUGAAGAAGAAGAACUCGGCACUGUACUUCGGUGGAAUCUACGUCUGUCGCUUUAUAGGACCUGUCAUCGGUUUGAUGCUGGCGUCUGCUUGCCUCAGCCACUACGAGAACCCCUUUGUCAGCCCCGGUAUCACGGCAAAGGAUCCACGCUGGAUCGGCGCCUGGUGGAUCGGGUACCUGGUCAUUGGAUUCGGGCUCUUCCUCAGCGCCCUGCCCAUGCUCUUCUUUCCCAAGAAGAUUCGCUCGGCUGCCAUCGAGACUCGUCGCGAGAAAGCGCCGGCAUACAAACCCACCCUACAAAGCGAACUAACAGAGGCCGUUCAAGUUCUCAAGAGACUCGCCAGGAAUCCGAUUUACGUCUUCCGAACUCUUGGAAACAUCGCCGUGUACAUCGCCCUCACCGGCUACUACAUCGCCUUCCCAAAGUACACGCAGCACCAGUUCCAACAGACGGCUUCAAAUGCCAGCCUAUUUACGGGGCCGACGAUCAUAGUGUCCAACAUGGUGGGAACGUUCCUGGGCGCCCUGUUAGUGCAUUACUUUCAACCGAGGACCAGAAUUAUAGCGUGGCACAACGUCGUGGCAACUGUCAUCGCCAUCGGAGGCGUAGUAGCCUUGAUGGGGAUGAGCUGCGGCAAUCUGAAGUACCCGCUUGUGGAUGGCCCUAACGCUAACAGCAAGACGAUUGAGAACAACUGUAACAGGGACUGCCGUUGCUCUGCAAGCAUCCAUCAUCCAGUGUGUGACCUGAGUACAGGAACUCAGUAUUUCUCGCCCUGCUUUGCGGGCUGCCCUGCUCAAUCCUUAAACCUCACCGAAUUGAGGGAAUGUCAGUGCAUUCUUUCCGACGCCGAUGCUUCACACUUCAGCAAGGGCACUGUUUUGCACGGCCACUGCGAGCAGGAUUGCUGGCACGCCAUGGCUACGUUCGCGAGCGUGGUGUUUGCAAUUCAAGUUGUCUUUUCCACAACACUCGUUGGCUCCACGCUUCUUGUGAUCAGAUCACUGGAGCCAAACGACAAGAGCAUCGCACUCACAGUUUUGUCAGCGAUAAUGAAUCUGUUCGCUUUCAUCCCCUAUCCCCUGAUCUACGGGGCUCUGAUGGACGCCAGCUGCCUGGUCUGGGAGGAUCGCUGCGGAGGGACCGGAGCCUGCUGGCUCUAUGACCUUCCCAAGUUGCGCUAUCUCAUCCACGGGGUGACGACGGCACUCUUGGUCGUCGGCUGCCUCUUUCAGAUCGUCGUCGUUUACUACAGCGACCGGGUCACAGACUUCUACGACGACAAGCGCUCGGAGAGCGACGACAGCAACGACGUCGGAAAACCGUUGAUGGGCUCGAAAAGUCGAGAUGAGAACGAACUAAAAAAGUUAGGACGGUAUGAGACCCGCGACGAAGCAGGCUCUAGGCGCGUUUCCACGUGA